CCGGGCGCACCUGGGCUGGGCGGGGUAGGUGCGCAGGCCUGAGCCUGGCGGGCGCUGCGCGCCAAUGGACGGAGGCUGGCAGCUCGCCGGGCACCCGAGCCACCGUAGCACACUCUUGCUGCCUGGCGAAGGCGCGGACGGCGCGCAGAGGCGAGCGCGGGGAACAGCCACCGGCGCCACAGCCGCCGUCAGGGCAUGACGGCCGUGGACUCCGUCAAAAUGCAGCCGCCGUGGGAGAGCCCGGCCCUGGCCCGGGUGGCGGCCGUGAUGGCGGCGGACGGCGCCCUGCGCCGGAGCCCCAGCCCGCGCGAGCACGGGCUCGAGCAGCUGCUGGUGCCUCCGCGGCCGCGGCUGCGGGACCUGCCAGCUCUGCUGCGGAGCGGGCUCAUCCUGCGGAGGAAGCGCGGCGCGGCUGGGGGCCAGGUCCGGGUCAGAAGAGGAGACACGUGGAUGGGAAACUGGUGCCUGAACCUCUAUGGAGAGGAACACAAAGUACCAAGUGGGAACCAUGGCUCAUAGGGGCUCCAGGAACCAGGAGGCAAAGGCAGAGGUCUUAGGCCUGUGUCCAGAGGUCCGAGAGCAGAGGAAUCCAGGCAGUACCAGGAGUCAAGGCCUCGUGCUCGUGGUUGAGAUGAGUGAGCUGAGCAAGCCGGAGGAAGACCUUCAGGACCCAGGCGAGGCCCAGGGCCUGGAGGAGGCGCAGCUCUUGGGGGCUGAGGGGGGGGAGGCCGCAUCCCCCUCAGCCUUCUCCCCCCCAGUCUCCUCAUCAGCCCCUGUGGUGGCCUUGCCCCAGGAAGCUCUGAAUAAAAUGGUGGCUAAGAUGGUGAAGUUCCUGCUCCACAAGUAUCGAGCCAAGGAGCCAACCUCCUAUGCUGAAUUGCUGAAUACAGUCCUCAGGGAUAAUCAGGAGCACUACCCAAUGGUCUUCUGCCAAGCAGUUGAGUGCAUUCUGCUGGUGUUUGGUGUGGAAAUGAAGGAGGUAGACCCCAGGAAGCACAUCUACAUCAUGGUCCCCAACCUGGGACUCACCUGUGAUGCAAGGCAGAGAGGUGGGCAGGGCCUGCCCAAGACUGGCCUCCUGGUGGUGGUCCUCAGCCUGAUCCUCCAGAAUAGCGAUUGCAGCCCUGAGGAGGAAAUCUGGGAAGCACUCAACAAGAUGGGGCUGUAUGUUGGGAGGGAGCACUCCAUGUUUGGCGAGCCCAGGGAGUUGCUAACCCAAGUGUGGGUGCGGGAGGGGUACCUGAAAUACCGACAGGUGCCUAACAGCGACCCUGUUCGCUAUGAGUUCCUGUGGGGUCCCCGGGCCUUUAUGGAGACCAGCAAGGAGAAAUUCUUGGAGUAUCUGCUCAGGGUCAACCGAAGGGCUUUUAGGUCCUUCCCACUCCCAUCUGCAGAGGCUGUGAGGGAGGAGGAAGAGGGCCCCUGAGCCAGAGCAGCAGCCAGGCUGAUCUUUCCCUCUGUGAUUGAAGAGGGGGUGGUGAGCCUUCUCAGUAGUGAGGGCCUGGGCCACUUGGGGGAACCCAGUGUGUAGCAUCUUUGUAUUCUUUUUCUCUCUGAUGACAUGGAGAUUCAUCUCUGUUUUUUAGGAAUUUUUCAAAUGUGUAUUUCAGCUUAAGGCUUAAUAAACUUCAGUAUCUUACUUUGUGAAUGACAUUGAUCACACAUGUAUUUGUACUUACCUAGUUUAAGGACAAGAGUUUUGCUGGUUUUUAAAAGAGAUUUAAAUCCAUGGCUGAUUCAUAUCAAUGUAUGACAAAACCCACUGGGAAAAAAAAAAAAAACUAAUUACAAAAAAAAUUUAAAAAAAAAUAAAAAAAAAAAUAAAAGAGAUUGGGAACUCCCAUUUUAUUUUGUGACCCUGAACAUGGUAACAUGAGAUUGGAUUUAUAACUAUUUUGGAAAUGUGAAUUUACUUAGCAGUAAUGUACUUGGUGAAAGAAUUAGAAAAUAAAAUGUGAUUAUAGCGAAA